AUGAUUGGAAAUCAGAAACAACGUCUCUUGCAUCGGCCAUCUGCAAAGGGGUGGUGGAGAAUGGUCGAAGGUAAGGCAGUCGCACUCCUACUAUCAAAACAGGGGAUUGCUCACCAGAAGCAUAGAUAUCAAACACUAAGGGACAGGGGCUCCCAUGUGCCAUCCGACGAGCAGAUGUUCGAGACCUACGAAGCUUCGCAUCUUCUUGCAUUCAUAAUAGAUUCGCAUGCAGAGAACCCGCUUUUUCAGGCGCCAGUGACAAAACCAAAGCAUAUCCUGGAUAUUGGAACAGGGAAGGGCUCAUGGGCCGUAGACGUCGCCGAUCUGUUUCCUGAAGUAACUGUCCGCGGUGUAGACCUUUUCCCGCCCCCUGUCAAUUGGAUACCACCGAAUUGUAUCCUUGAAGUCGACGAUAUUCUCCAGCCAUGGACGUGGCGUGAUCCAUUUGACUUGGUGCAUCUGAGAUUACUUGAUGCCGCGUUUACUCUCGAAGAGACUGAUCAAUUAUACCAACAAUGCUACAGCCACCUCCAACCGGGUGGAUGGAUCGAACAGCUCGAGAUGAGCUCCUUCAUCGAAUGCGAUGAUGGCAGUGCCCCCGAGGACAGCAUCCUAUUCGACUGGGGAACCAGAUUAACGAAGGCAGCCGACAAAGAAAACCGACCCCUCGGAAUCAUGCGAACUUUCGGAGAGUCAAUCGAAAAGGCAGGAUUUGUGGAUACUAAAACGAAGGAUUAUAAAUGGCCCAUUGGCCCGUGGCCAAAGGACAAGACUCUCAAAGAAGCGGGUGCUGUCAACUAUCAGCACUGGCUGAUUGGGAUGGAAGGGUAUAGUAUGUGGCUGUUGACUAAAUAUGGGGAUCCAGUACCAUGGACGAAGGAGGAGGUGCAGGUUUAUGUGGCACAGAUGCGGAAGGAGUUGUCUAAUCCUCGGAUUCAUGUUUACCAUAGGGCGAGGAGAAUUUGGGCUAGAAAGCCCACGGAUGAUGAGUGGGUUAAAGUGGAAUCUAUCCCUUAA